UCUGGUUCAGCUGUGAAAUGACUUCAGGAGAAGACGAGAAGCAAUGAACACAGAAACCAUUUUGGGCUCACUGGCUGUGACUAUUUUCCUCUUACCUGGUGUCCUUUCAGAUGGCUGGAGCGUACAGCACCCAGCCGGGCCCAUCUAUGCAGUGCCCGGUUCCGCUGUCAUCAUCCCCUGUCUGUACGGGUACCCCGAUCCGGGCCAGCGCUACAGGGUGCGUUCGGUCAUGUGGUGCCGGAACCAGGCCUAUUGCGUCACUCCCAGGUACGUGUAUCACAGCGAGGGCAUCUUUCCGGAGCUGGCCUACCAGGGCCGGGUGGAGUACCUGGGGGACGAGGCGAACAACUGCACCCUUAAAAUCAACGACCUGAGGGUCUCGGACAGCGGGAUGUACGUGUUCCGCUUCAUCACCGAUCACCCUGUGGAGAAACUGCCUGGCCAGGCGGGCGUCCUCCUGCUUGUUACUGAUUCCACAAGUCAAGUCUCAGUAUCAGUGAGUCCCUCUGGUGAAAUAGUGGAGGGCAGUUCAGUGACUCUGACCUGCAGCAGCGAUGCCAACCCACCAGUGCAGAACUACACCUGGUUUAAGAAGAAUGAAACUGGAGUCUGGCAGGCCGGAUCAGGACAGAGUCUGAACUUUUCUAACUUUAGAUCCUGGAACAGUGGACAGUACUACUGUGCGUCACAGAACAAACAUGGAGCUCAGAACUCUACUGCUGUGACAGUCAACAUAAAAGCAGGUGAUAGGACAGCGCUUGUAUUGACGGUUGUUGGAAUCGCUGUGGCUCUUGCUCUCCUUGCUGUUAUUGUGUUGAUGGGAAAGAAGAGAAGAGCACAGGCAGAGAGAGAGAGAGGAGCAGAGACAGUAGUGCUAUCAGAUCCCUCAGAGCGUGACAACCACAGCCAGUGACACACUGUCUCUGCACUUCAGAAAUCGGACCAGGCCUCAGUGUGGCAUAAACACACACAGAGGAGAGCAUCUGCAGAGAACGGGAAAUGAUGGAGAUUAGGGUGUCUUUAACUAACUUCACAGAACUGCUGCCUGUUUCUGCUGGAUGCUUCAUCUUAUAAAGAGCUGUUGGGGGAGAAUUAUUCUUAAAAUACUGUAACCCUGCAACAUGCAUGCUCACAAACCCCAGUUACAUACACAUGCUCCUAUAACACUGUUACACACUUAUAUAUUUGCCAAAUGAUCUCAGGUUUUGUUUCGAUCACAUACGGAUUCAUUGUAACAGACAUUUAAACCAGGGGUGCCCAGAUUUCUGUGUCACUGUAUAACAGUGGAGGCUCCUCCAUAGAGGUGGAGGAGGCCUGGCCUCCCCAAUAAUUUGAGAGAAGAGAGAGAUUUAAAAAAAACAAUAAAUAUAUUUAUUUUAUUUAUUUAUUUUAACAAAAAACAUAUUUUUUAUUUUUUAUAUUCAUAUUAUUUUAGUUUUGUUCAUAAAUCUAAAUUUUCCCAUGGCUAAAACCCAAUAUUGCAAUUGUAAAGCAACAGGCCAGAUUUCCCUAUCAGUUUGUAUUAAGGGAGGCCAGGCCUCCCCUAGGAAAUUAGCUUUUCAUAGAAGUCAAUGUAAUGCAUUUUUUUUCAUGCCAAUAUGUGAUUGGCCAGAUCACUGAAAAUGGGUGGGCAACGGAGGCCUGGCCUCACCAUGCAUUGUGUCCAGGGCUGAAAGAUUGACAUUUUGUUCGGCCAAUCACAUGCUACUGGUUCAUUUGGAAUCAACUAUCCUUUCCUUUCCUAUUCAACACAGAAGCCAUUUUGAGAAUUCGCUAGUCACUUCAGUCAAACAAACACUCGCCAUAGUGGCUACGACUGUCCUAUCAACUUGUGCUUUUCAGGAAAUUUAGAGAACACCCCUGGCUAUCAUCCCUGGAGUUUAUAGCUCAUUUGGCCAAACACUUUUGCUUAAAACUACCUCGGAAGUCGGCGAGAUUCUAGCGCAAUUUGAGAUCUUGGGCUGGAGAUAUGCAGAUUCCAGAUACUAGGGAGUGAGAAUGACAUUCAAUAGGUCAUGUUAGACACCAAUUGGGAUUUAUUGAACAGUUUUAUUUUUAAUGUAGUCCAUUUCGUUUUAUUACAAGUCAAUUUAAUAAUCUUCCAUAUCAAAUUACUGAAUUGUUGCUCUGUGAGGAAAUUCACUCUAAAUACGAAUAGAGUGCUGCCCUCUAGUGGAUAACGUUAACGUUAGAUAAAGCCAACUGGAACCAUAUUUUUACAUAUUUUAUAUUAAAUAUAUUGAAUAAAACUACAUAUGAUAAAGAAAGUGUUAUCUUAUCUUUUUUAUAUGCUAAACUUGAUUAAAUUGGUGAUUACAUGUUGAAGCUGUAGAAGAAUGAAAAAUGUAAGCUAAACAAAAUUGUUUUUAACUACAUAAUUCAAAUUCCUGCCUUUUACACAUGUUCACUUGGCAUUUAUAUUACAUCCAAAUGUCAUUUCUCAGCUUAAUUAUCAGGCAGGCUCAUAGACUUACAGCAAUGUCAUUUCUUCAGGAAGGCACAAGGCUAAGCUCUGCACAAUGAAUUUCAUCAGCCAGAACUUUCUGACUGUAGCUUACACUCCAAAUAGUAUGCCUUUGGCCAGCACAAAGACAGAUAAGAGAACAGGGAACAUUCCAUCGCGAGUGAAGUGAGCAAGCGGAAAAAAAUGGCCUCCUCAAUUCUGGAAGUCACCAGCCUCCACUGCUGUAUAACCUCGCUACACACACGCUCCUAUAACACUGUUACACACUAACAGUAUAUAGUCCUGCUACACACACGCUCCUAUAACACUGUUACACACUGACAGUAUAUAACCCUGCUACACACACACUCCUAUAACACUGUUACACACUGACAGUAUAUAACCCUGCUACACACACACUCAUAACUCAUGUACAUGCACUUGUAUUCUCUCAAGUUGCUCUGGGUAAGGGCUAAAUCUGCUAGCACGGCAUAGCGCUUCGUGGCUCAUUCUGCUUCAUUGCUGGUUUUGGUUUGCUGUCACUCCUGUGCUGCUGUUCAAGUCUUCUGAAUGUUUUCUGAAGUCCCCAUGAGGAGGAGUUUGUAAUCACUCUCUGUUUCGGUUGCCUUACGACAGGGCGUGAUCAGAGGCAGAGCCUUGACAUUUGCAUUUACAUUUAACAUCAAUAAAUAAAUAUUGAGUGUCUGACUGAAAUAUAUUAUGGUUUGUUUAAGCAUUGUAAAAAUAAAAAAAAACUGCAAAAAACUCUGGUGUCUAUGAAUAAAGUUUUAUUAUUUUAUAAUCUUACAAA